AUGAUCGAGGAUUAUCAAAAGGUAAAAGGCAGAGGCACCCUGGUCCAGGCUUCGUCGGGGAAUUUCAUGAUGUACGGCCAUUUAGGCAACUUGAGGCAACCGGCCAUCGGAGGAAAUAAGAAGGAGGAGGAGUUUGAAGAAAUCGGCGAACCGGGUUCUCUGUGCAGAGCUUUGUCGAAGAGGAUGAGUCCCGAAACGUUGAAAUUCUUGGGGGACGAAGAAUUUAAGCGCGGCAAAUUCGGGGAAGCUUUGAAUUUGUACGAAGCGGCCAUCGCCAUUGAACCGUUCAAAGCUUCCUAUCGAACCGAUCGAAGUGCAGGUUUAGAAGGUUCGGGCCGGUUUCUUGAAGCUCUUUUCGAGUGCAAAGAAGCCAUUCGUCUUGAACCCCGUUAUCUUCGUGCUCACCAUCGUCUAGCAAGUUUAUACAUCAGGGAAGUAGAAAACGCGAUGUAUCAUUUCAAACGAGCAGGCACCGAGGCCGGCAACGGCGACAUGGCCAGAGCCAAAAUUCUUCAACAACAUGUGAACAAAUGCACCGAAGCGAAAAUGCAAGGAAACUGGAAAGCGCUGCUAAAGGAAGCGGAUUCCGCCAUUAAAGCCGGAGCAGAUUCAGCUCCACAUAUGUAUGCACUGAAAGCCGAAGCUUUGAUGAAGCUCCAUAGACACCAAGAAGCGAACGAAGCAUUGUUAGCAGCGCCGAAAUUAAAUGACGAUGUCUUCAUUAAAUGCUUUGGCCCUAUCUGUAAAGCAAUUAUAUUGGUCGUUCAAGCUCAGGUGGAUAUGGCUUUCGGCAGAUUUGAUGAUGCGGUGGCUGCUACUGAGCGAGCAGUUAGGCUCUACUCGAAAAGCAAAGAAACGAGCUGUGCAAUGAGCAAAGCUAAAGCACUGGCGACGGCUCAAAUGAUCGGAGAUGAGCAUUUCAAGGCAUCGAAUUUCUACGAUGCAUGUCUCACAUAUGGCGAGGGGCUGCAGCAUGACCCACACAACUCCGUCUUGUUGCUCAGACGAGCGGUCUGCUACGCCGAUCUCGGCCAGAUCAAGCUCGCGAUCGGGGACUGUACCCAUGCCCUUAGUGUCCGCCCUGGCUAUACAGAAGCUAGACUCAAAAGAGCCGAAUGCAAUUCCAAGUUGGGGAGAUGGAAAGCUUCUUUAGAAGACUAUGAGGUAUUAAGAAAAGAGAAUCCGAACAAUGAAGAGGUGAAACAAGGCUUGUCCGAGGCUCGAAGGCAACUCAAUAUACCCAAAACACCACCGAAAAAAAAAGAGGCGAAACAAGAUUUGUUAGAGGCACGAAGACAACUCAAGAAAAAAGAAACAUACGAAGAGUUGAAACAAAGCUUGUCAGAGAACCGAAGGCAAGUCGAGAAAAACGGACCAUCUGACAGUGAAGAUAUGAAACGAGUCUUGGCCGAAGCUCGAAGACUUCUCAAGAAAAAAGAAACACCGGAUACUGAAAGACGAAACGAGACGUGUUUGAUGCUCGAAGGCACUCACAAAGAUGAACUAAGAAACAAACACAAACCGAAUAUAAAAUAA